AUGUCAAGCUCAGGAGACCUCUAUGAGAUAUUCGGCGAGACCGCAAGCCAACGGACGCUGGCGCCCGUUGCAGUGGCUUCGCAGGUCGGGUUGAUGUUGGGAGUGUCGCUCGCAACUGUCAUUGUCUUCAACGUUCUGCGCCCAAACAACAAGAUUGUCUACGAACCCAAGGUCAAAUACCAUGUCGGCAACAAAGCCCCUCCACGACCGUCCGACUCUUUCCUCGGCUGGGUAUCUCCCCUGCUCCACACGAAGGAACCCGAGCUCGUCGACAAGAUCGGCCUUGAUGCGGCCAUCUUCCUCCGUUUCCUGCGCAUGUGUCGAUGGCUCUUCUCUGCUAUCGCGUUCCUCACCUGCUCAGUGCUUAUCCCCAUCAACGUUGUCUACAACAUCAAGAACGUCCCGUCGAAGAACCGCGAUGCGCUCUCCAUGCUUACUAUCCGCGACUUAGAGAAGUCCAACUGGAUUUUCGCGCAUAUCACCGUGACCUAUGGCAUCACGUUCAUCGUGAUGGCUUUCGUCUGGUGGAACUGGCGGGAGGUCGUACGCCUCCGCCGCGACUGGUUCCGUUCCCCGGAAUAUAUCCAGUCGUUCUAUGCCCGCACACUCAUGGUCACGGAUGUACCCAAGAAGAUGAUGUCGGACGAGGGGCUCCGCGCCAUCUUCGAGUCGGUACAGGUGCCCUAUCCUACUACUUCCGUCCAUAUCGGUCGUAGGGUGGGCCGACUCCCGGACCUCGUGGAGUACCACAACAACGCAGUGCGCGACCUGGAAGCUGUGCUCGUCAAGUACCUGAAGGGCGGCAAGAUCGGUAAGAAGCGGCCCACAAUCACUAUCGGUGGCUUCAUGGGCUGCGGCGGCGAGAAGAAGGAUGCUAUCGACUUCUACACGGCGAAGCUUCAGCGUGCAGAACGUGCGGUGGAAGAAUUCCGUGCCAAGAUCGAUCUGCGCAAGCCCGAGAACUACGGCUUCGCGUCGAUGGCGGCGGUGCCUUACGCCCACAUCGUUGCCAACAUGCUCAGGCACAAGCAUCCCAAGGGCGCCACGAUUACACUAGCCCCCAACCCGAAGGAUAUCGUCUGGAAGAACUUGGCGUGUACCCCUGCCGAAAUCCGCCGGAAGCAGACGAUUGGAUGGGUCUGGCUCGUCGCCGUAUGCUUUUUCAACACCGCUCCGCUCCUAGUUAUCUCCCUACUCGCGAACUUGUCUUCCCUCACCGCCUACGUGCCCUUCUUGCAAUCUUGGUCUGAUGCAUCCCCUGGAUCGUUCACUUUCGUGUCUGGUGUGCUCCCGCCCGCGGUGUCCGCGCUCUUUGGCUGGGCCCUGCCGAUCAUCAUGCGCAAGUUGACCAAGUUUAUGGGUGCAAACACCCACUCCCGCAUGGAUCGCGCCGUCCUAGCCCGCUACUUUGCGUUCUUGGUCAUCUCGCAGCUCAUCGUCUUCACGUUGAUCGGUGUCAUCUUCAACGCGGUCAAGCAAGUUGUGGAGCUCAUCGGGAAACAUGAGAGCUUUGAGAACAUCGUCAAGAACUUCAACAAACUACCCGACAGCAUCAACAAGACGUACAUCGAGCAAGCUUCGUACUGGCUCACCUACUUCCCACUACGUGGCUUCCUUGUUGUGUUCGAUCUUGCACAGAUUAUCAACCUCUUCGUCAUCUUCAUCAAGACCCACCUGUUCGGACGCACUCCUCGUGAAAUUCGGGAGUGGACACAGCCCCCCGACUUCCAAUAUGCCAUUUACUUCGCCAACUUGCUGUUUAUGGGUGUUGUUGCGCUGUUCUUCGCCCCGCUUGCCCCCUUAGUUUGCGUCGCUGCUGCGGUCGUCUUCUGGAUCAGCUCCUGGGUCUACAAGUACCAGCUCAUGUUCGUCUUCGUCUCGAAGACCGAAACAGGCGGGCGCAUGUGGAACGUCGUCAUCAACCGUCUCCUUGCAGGUGUUAUCCUCAUGCAAUGCAUCAUGCUCCUCACUACGGGCCUCGGGUUUGGGUUCAAGACCUUCAAAUGGAUCUCUACCAUUCCGCCGAUCCUCAUCGUCCUCGCCUUCAAGAUGUACCUCCACCGCGCCUUCCAGACGUCCUUCCGGUACUACCUGCCCACCGAGCAAGAGCUCCAGGAGGCCCAGGUGCACUCGCGCCGUGGCGACGCAGCCGGCAACCGCCUCGAGCGGCGCUUUGGACACCCAGCGCUCAACAGCGACCUGUUCACGCCGAUGGUGCACGCGAACAUGACUGCCCUGCUCCCUCAAGUCUACAGUGGCAAGAUUCAGAACGUGCAGACGAAGCUCGACGAGAUGGGCGGCCAGAAGACGGACGCGCAAGUCGUCGCUGGAGGUAUCAAGAUUGCUGCUGUCGAAGAGCGCGACCUCGAAUACGACCCGGCGCUCUACCGGCGUGACCGCGGAGACGAUUGGGACGCCCGUUCUGUGUCCUCGUCCAACUUGCUGGCCGACCCCAAAGUGCCGUAUGCGGAGAGCGGCCGCGGCUCACCUGCACCAUCCAAGUUUGCGGGUUACGACCGGUAUCUUGCGUCGGGCCCCCAGCCCGAGAUCGAGAUGACGCGACUAGACACUACGUCGGACGUCCAGCCAUUGCUACCACACCAGCAAGCGCCUGGAUACUUUGACCCCGGGGCUGCGAGCAGGAGCAACAUCGACCUCGGCGCAUACGACUACUCCACACCACCGUUGUCAGACAACGCCGGCACCCCGCUCGUGCCCGCAGCGUACCCCAACGACGCGUACCGGGAAGCGCCCCUGCACCGGCCAUACCCCACGCAGACGUACUCGAGCAACUACUCGCCCCAGUCGCAGUACCCGCCACAACAGUACCCGCAGCAGCAGUACUCCCCACAGCAGCAGUAUCCGCCGCAGCAGUACUCCCCGCAGCCACAGUACCAGGGCCAGUCGCGGAUGACGCCCAGCCCGCAGCUGCGCUCGCCCGACUCGUACUUCGGGCAGCCGCCGGCGGCGCCCCCGGGUCUCAACGACGGCGGCGACGGGAACAUGGCGGGCCGCGGCGCGCAUAGAUUGGUAUGA